AUGUUGGAUUUAUGGUCCGUACCGCCAUGCAUAAAUUGGUGCUAUUAUGCUCAAUUAGCUUGCCCUCAUUUAGCCACGACUAAAGUGGUUGAUUAUGCUGGCCACCCAAGUUUUCAGUGUAGAGAUUUGUAUAUACCCCAAGUCAGUGCUCCACGCAAUAAAGAUCAAUCAAAGUUGCCAAAUUAUGCCUCCAAGAAGAAAUCAUCGAUGCCUUCUAAAUGUGCAUGUCUUCAUCCAUGUGAUUUUGGUGAACUUCCCGAUCUAGCCGAGAUCAACCCUGAAUUAGAACAAAAUCGUCCAAUUACCUAUUCAAAUUCACUUUCCACAGCAAAUGAUGAGGCAAAACUUAAAAAUAAACAUGAAUUAGAUUUUUUCCCAGCUGCUGAACACUGCACUAUUAGACGGCAUAUUUGUGGAAGUUCAAAUUAUGAUUUACGUGAUCAUCACGUAGUUUAUCGAAGUUCUGCGAAGGAUGUUUCAAAAACGAAUGCAAAUGUGGAAAUGAAACAUACAGUUGAUGUGAACAAUAUUGCUAGCACAUCGAUAAAACCAUCGGAUGAUAUUACUAUAAAAUCAUAUUCAGAACAAAAUCAAAAAAUUUUAAAUAAUCAAAUUGGAUAUAUUUCUCAGUGGUGGACAAAACAUCGAGCUCGGCGGCGUUUUUUAUUUACUGAUAAAAGUAGUAUGAUAACUUAUGCAAUUAGUUCAACGACUACUACUACUAUUAAAACUACAGUAACUUUUAAUAUUAUCACCAAUACUUCCACUACUAUUAAAACUACUACUUUUACUAGUAGUUCUGGUGUUAAUUGGAGGAUAAGUUGGAGUACUUAUUCAGGAAAUCAUAUUUAUACCUUGUUUUUCUUUCUGUUAUUGCUCAGAAGGCCGCCAGUUUUAUAG